AACUACUUUGAAAAAGAGCUAAUAUAUAUUCUCAAUAUCUUCCUUAUAAUAAAUAGUACCUUUAGGUAAUAACCAUAACUACCAAAAUUCAAGGACAUAUCAAAUCAUAUCCUAUCAAAACCUUACACAAAGAAGAGAUAGAAGAAAGUUUUUGCAGAAAAUAGUCAAAAAAAAUAUAAAAAUUUAUAUUAUUCUCUUUCAUCUAAUAUAUUCUGAAAAAGCAAUGUUUAUUUUGUCAUCAAAAUAUAUAUAAAGUAAUAAAAUAAUGGGUAGAGGAAAGGUAGAGCUGAAGAGAAUUGAAAACAAAAUAAAUCGUCAAGUAACAUUUGCAAAGAGAAGAAAUGGGUUACUCAAGAAAGCUUAUGAACUCUCUGUUCUUUGUGAUGCUGAGGUUGCUCUUAUUAUUUUCUCCAACCGUGGAAAGCUCUAUGAAUUCUGCAGUGGUACUAGCAUGGCCAAAACACUCGAACGGUAUCAAAGAUGCAGUUAUGGAGCCUUGGAACUACAGCAUCAACCUGAAAUUGAAACACAGAGGCGUUAUCAAGAAUAUCUGAAGCUAAAAUCAAAAGUUGAGUCACUACAGCAAACACAAAGGAACAUUCUUGGAGAAGAAUUGGAGCACUUAGAUGUUAUGGAUCUGGAGCAGCUAGAACGCCAGUUAGACUCUUCUUUAAAGACAAUCAGGUCAAACAAGACACAGCAUAUGCUUAAUCAACUUUCAGAUUUGCAAAGAAAGGAAGAGAUGCUAAUGGAAACAAAUAAUAUCCUGAGGAACAAGUUGGAGAAUAUUAAUGAGACCCUUCAACCAACAUGGGAAUCUAGGGGGCAAAAUGCACCCUAUAGCAGCCACCCUCACCAAUCAGAGGGAUACAAUGAGAAAGAACGUGGCAAUAGUACAUUGCAAAUUGGCUAUAAUACUUCAGUGUUAAAUAAUGAAUCAAGAGAAGCUGCAGGAACCUCAUCUCAGAAUGCUAAUGAAUUUAUGCAAGGAUGGAUGAACUGAAUUUAUAAAUCUUAGUUUAAUAAAUGAUGCU